UGCUAUAUAAAAAGCUAGUGUAAACAGGCCCAUGGCAUUUAUCUAAUCAAUUAUCUUCUGACCAUUUUUACUUUAUUUCGUAUAUCAUUAAUUACAACAUGGAAGGAAAAUCAUUCAAAUAUUUCACAAUAUUCAAGGAAUUUAUCAAGAAGCAUGAAGAGAUCAGCAUGUUUUGUUUGUUACUGGUAGUUCUAAAAAGACAUCACAAUGUUACGAUCUCGCUCAUUUCAACUUAUGCACAAUUUAGAUGAAAAAGAAAAAGAACCUAAGUUUCCUGUACUUAAAGAAUCAUUUGGGGCUGAUAUCUAUGUGUUAGCCAAAGACAGGGAGAUAUUUACAAAUCCUGAAGAAACUAAAAGACGAAGAGCUAUUCGACUUUUACGCAGCAACCAUAACUCAUGGGGAUUCACACUUCAGACUUAUGGAAUCAGAAAUAAAAAAACAAGAGAAAUUGAGGUCACGACUUAUGUUGAUUAUGUUGAAUUACACAGUCCUGCUUGGUUAGCUGGCAUUCAACGUGGUGACGUGAUUCUUUCUGUAAAUGGAGAAAGUGUUGAAAAUGACUCCCAUCAUGAUUUGGUUACUAAAAUAAAAAAAAGUAGCAUAGAUUUAAGAUUAGCUGUCCUGUUUGAAAACUGCUGCACUAAAAUAGAUUUACAAGAUCGCUGUAUUAAAUUGAAGAAAAUGUUACAGUUGAAGCUAAAAGAGUUGUACUGUUUAGAAGACAGAGAAAAAAAGCUGAAAGAAACAGUUUUGCAAUCCAGAAAAGAUUUACAACCAAUAUCAGUCUCCAGCUCAAUGUCCACUGAAUCGGAUACCUACAUUAACAUUCUUAGCUUUUCUGAACAGUACCAGCCUUCCAGACUCAAAUGUUACCUUUCGCCUAUUGACUGUGAAGGAGAGCGAGCAAGAGAUAAAAUCAGCAUAGGUUCAUAUCUAGAUGAACAUCUUAGUGUUGGAUAUACUUGGAAUGAUGUUUCAUCCUCUUUGCACGAGGAAAAAAUUACUAUUUCAAAAAAUAGAUCUCUUAAUGAUAAUAAUUUUAUUAAUAAUGAAUUGGAAUAUGUUAUUUUAAAAGACAAUUUGGUGGAUUCAGAUGUAGGUUCAAUUGAACACAUCUCUACUUGCGAACAUAAAAAGGAUGAACCUAUUAUGUAUACUAUAAAAGCAGAAGAAACAUCUAAACAAAGGUCUACAAGCUUUCAUAAUGAUCUUAUUGGAAAAGAUAACUUUUGUCAAGGGUCUUCAAAUGUGUCCAAUGCAUAUAAUAAUUACUCUGUAGGUGAUGUUUUAGUUAACAGUGUGACACUUUCUACUCAGUUAUAACUUAAACUAACAUUAGAUAGUGUUAGUGUUAAGGCCCACGAAGCGUCGUCAACCGAUCCACCGCCAUUUUGUUUGUGUGGCGUCCCGACUGGUAGAAUUGGUCUCUCUCUACCUGAACCCCCCUUUUUUUUAAAAAAACAUGCAUAUAGUAAUGCUCUCCCAUUUACAUUUUUUACUUGAAAUUAAACGGUUCGCUAUUGCUCUCGUUGUCUUUCUCUUUAUAUCUUUCUAACUCUUUUUUCUCCUGCUCACUCUCUCUCCCCUCUCACUCUGGAACUUCCCAUAUUUGCACCCUGCGCAUCGUAACGCUUACCCAUAUAAUAUCCUUCUUCUCUCUUCCUCUCCUUGUUUAUUUUUUUAAUAUCGAAAAAGUUAAAAGUCACACACACUUUUAAUUGGACCUCAAAGAUAUUUGGUGUUUUUGAGACAAAAAAAAUAUCUCAAUAUUGUUUUGUUAAUUGUCCACAAUAGUGAGUUGCGCACCAAAGAAUUAUUGGUUUCUUGUUAUUUUUAUAAACUUUGUACACACGUAUUCACACAAUUGUUUAGAUAGGUCGAUCCAUAGACUUAUAUUUACUACUCUAGACUGGACAUGGAGAUUUUUUAACACUACAAAAAAUGUCGUGAACAUUUUUAGAAAGUUGGUUCAAGGCCUUGUUUUGUAAAGUAGUUAUAAGAAGUAAAGUUGUUUUUUUCAACCCUAACCUAUGUAACAUAAUUUACUUUUAGAUCUAGAUCUAGUAAUUGAACAUCAAAAGUAAGAGUACUCUCGUCUCAUAAUUAUUAUUUUGCAAUUUUUAAAUACAUAAUCUAGAAAGAUCUAGGUAAUCAAUCUAUUUAAAUGUACAUAAGAUGAUUGAAAUCUACAUGAAUUAUUUCCAUCUAGGAUUUUUGAAAAACAUCUCAAUGGAAACAAACAGGAAAUAGGUUUGUUUCAUAUAUUUGCGUGAAUAUCAGAGAAAUGAUUUUGCUUUAUUUCUAAACUUUGAAAACUAAAGAUCAUUACUUUCUAAGACAAGAAAAGAUUGAUUGGGGCGACUCCCCUUAGAUCUUGAAAAAAGAGUUUACGUACAUAAAAAUCUAUAUAUGUAUAGGUCUGUGAAUCGAUCAAUCGCGGAUACAAAUUUAUUUCCGGUUUCCAGUCUAGAUAUAAUAUAUAAGUCUAUGGGUGGAUCUUUCUUUCAAGUCUAAAUAGCUUGGUGUGUCCAAAAAGGCCGCAGCCUUUGUUAUGAUGCUGCCUAGGUAUUUGAACCUAUCCAACUCUUUAAGCUCUUCUUACCAGAACGACGGGGGGAGGGAGCAAUACCAAUUGUUAAGAAGGCCCAAACACUGUCCUGGGACGUCGCAACCUGUGGGCCGUUGUAUUAAGGAAAAAGGAAGAAAUUAGCUCGAAAAUAAAAUACAUAAAUCUAUUUUGUGUUUUUAAACAUUUGUACCGGUAUUUAUGCUUUAUCUAUAGACAGUUGUGUUUUCGGGUAAAUACUAAAAAUUAAAUACAAAUAUUUAAUGAAAAGCUUGCGAUUUUUCGCGAAUUGCGGCGUUCCGACUGAGAAAUAUCAAAACCGUUUCUUCGCGUGCCCCUUUGGGAUAAAAGAAACAUAUGUACAUUACAUGUGAAUCUGUUGGGCAGUUAAAGAGAUCUCUUGAUAGAUGAAUCAAUUAAUGAAACAGUCAGUGGAAUUUAGGCGUUUAUACACUUGAUUAAAUCUAGAUCAAGUGUUGAAAUGGGCAAUGUAUCAAUAUCUAUAGAUCUAAAGCCUAGAUCUAGACGAGAGACCGGAUCUUGUCUUAAACUAGUGAAAUUUAGGAUGGUUUAAAAUAUCUUAAAGGUAUUUAAAGGAUUAGUUUUUCACUAAAAAUAUUUUUAAAAAUCUAGUUGUCCAAUAUUAACAAAGCUAUAAGUAUUUUGAAAUUUAAAAAAAAUGUUGUUAUGACUCUAAAAAUACUUCUCUUAGAGGUCACCAAACAAGCUUCUUUGCGGAUAAAAAAAAUUAGUUAUGCUACUUAGGUCAUGUUUAAGGUCACGUAAAUUUCAGUGAUGUAUUCCAUACACAAUUAUCUUUUAAAAUAUACACUUUAAAUGAAAAACAACCUUCUUUUGUAGCAGUUUUAAACUAUUUUCUAACAUGCAUAUAAAAUUUAAAAUAUAGACUUAAGUACCGUUAAAUAAGAUGUUCAUGGUAGAAAUAAGCUUCAUCAAUACAUAAUACAAAAUUGUAUGUUUCUCUAGUACAAAGUUUAUCUUAUCCAGUUUUCUUAUCGCUUGUGGAGCAAAGCUAAUAUAAAUUCACUCUGUCUGGUAAAAAGUGUGUACACGUUAUUUCUCCCACACCCAUUCUUGGAUCAAGUUAAAACUUUGCACAAUUAUUCAUUGUCAUAGACAAGACUUAAAAAAACAACAAUUAGUCAAUUAAUUAUUAGAUACCGACAUGGGAAAUUAAUACUUCAGUAUUCACAGAUACUUUUAAAUAUUUAGGGUUUCUUCCUCUUAGAUGAUUGAACACGUUAUUUCUCUCGCACCAUUACUUUAAAAAAAAUUAUUUAUUGUACCUAACAAAACAUUAGUAAAAAAAAAAAAAGCUCUGCGUUUACAACUAUAUCUUCAAGAACUUAGAUGUUGUUUCCCUUAUUCGAUUAAAAAAAAUCUUUCUCUUUCCUUAGAUAAGCUUUGUUGAUGUUUUUUUAAAGCUUUUUAUUUUUCAUAUUUUGCUAGUAUGAUUAUCAUUUUUUUACUUUAUUUAUUGUUUUAUAAAUUUGCUUAAACAGAAACAUCAUCGAAAUGUUUAGCUUUUAUGCUUUGUUUCUUUCAUGUACUUUUUUGUGUUUGUUCAGCUUCUUUUUUAUUUAUUCACUGAACUCUUUUUUUCAACAAGGAAUUAAAUGCUUUGCUGUCAUAUCAUAAUACAAUGAGGAACAAAUAAAAGAAAUAAAGCACCCAA